AUGGCAUCCGGCGAGGGACCCGACGCGUGGCUUGGGCUCCUGAAAUGGACCCUGAGCCACCAAGAUGGAACAGAACCUUCAGACGCUCGCCCCAUGGGAGAUGAGGACCGGGCCUGGCUGGAGAAGGUCGUGAGCGAGGGCAUCCGCGACGACUUCAAGACCAUGACGGACAUCUACUCCCGCCUCUGCGUCUACCUCGACCGGGCUGCCUCCAACCCGGCUCCUGCUCUUCCCUCUUGCCCUCACCGACUAGCCGGCGGUGAAGACCCCACCGCAGAAGGAGAAGGAAGCACCGCCGUCAGCGGAGCAGGCGGCGCAAUGACGACAGCCGGGACUGUCGGCAUUGGAUCAGGGGCCCCGAGUGACUUCGUUCCACCACAGCCGCCGCCACCGGACACGGAUGCCUCCGCUUCUGCGACGGGAGCCGUGCCUGCGACGGCCGCUGGCGGGGAGGGGGCUCUGUCGACCUUUACAGUCGCCGCCCCUUCAUUCACCUCUCCGCCCGUGGGCCAGACGGCGGCCGCAGCGGCGGCGGCGGGAGGGGCAACGAGCGGCGGGGUCGGGGAAGGGGGCUGCACCGCGGAGGAGCUCAAGGCGCUGGAAGCGGGCGUUCUGGACGAUCUAGAGGUGGUGAUCGACCAGAAUCGUGGUCACCCGGCGCGUGUUGAUUGGAUACUUCGUCUGAGGAACACAUUCUCGAGAGCGAAUGCGUUCCCCACAGCGCCGGUUGUGCAGGAGCUCCAAGACGUUGUGGAGCAAAUUGAUAUGGCCGCAACUUUCGCCAAGAUCGGCGGGUUCGGGAGACUCCUUGCCCUUGUGACCCCCUCACGCAGGCCCGAAAAGCUGCGUCUUCGGGCGGCAUCCUUGAUCGCAACCCUGACCAAGAACAAUCCACCUGCCCAGGCGGCCUUUUCGUCGUCCAGAGGGCAUAAAGCACUCAUCGAAGUUGUGGCAGCGCAGGUGGCGGCAGCAGCAGCCACCUCACCGAACAACACCGCCUCCCCUGAAACACCCGGGGAUGCAAGCGACGCGUCCCCGCCUUCGGCGCCGUCGCUGUCGCUGCCGCUGCAACGAGCGAUCUUGCACGCCCUGAGCUCCUCCGUCAUGGGCCUCGCGCCGGUGGAGGAUGCCCUGUGCCUGGAGCCGGGCUUCCGGGAGUUCCUAGCGCAGGCGCUGUCGCAGGCCGGGGAGGGGACCGGGGGUGCCACGGGGACGGCAGGGGAGAGCAGCAAGCUUCGGAGCAAGGCUGCAUUCGUUUUGAAGGCUCUCAUCAGCUCGCCGGAGGCAGAACGUGCUCGCGCGGAGGCCCUUUGGCCGGCGGUGUUGGGCUUGGUGGCUGGGCUGGAGGCGCUGGCUGCCGGGGACGAAGAGGACCCCGCCGCGGCUCUCGAGACGUGCAUCGAGGCCCUCCUCGCGGCGUCUAGGAGCCCGGACGGAGACAGACUUGUGAGGGACCUCGGAUCGCGGGUCUCGAGAGUCGCAGCAACGCGAAGACAGGUGCUGGUGGAGACGCGCCAGGCGGCGGCGGCGGCGAGUGGGGGGCAAGAGGAUGAUGCUGACAGCGAGGAGUACGAGCUCGGACUCUGGUCGGAGUGGGACGCUCUCACCGGGCCGGCCCAAUAGUGUCUUCUGCUGAGCCCGGCCUUCCUUCUUUUUCUGCCUGCGUGGGAGGUUGGCUGAUCUGCAGCUCGGCUGUUGCCUGCUGAAACGACGGGAACCUGCCAGCACUACUACCCCGGGCCUUAAAAAAAAAUGGCACAGAGAUCGCGUCGCCACAUGAAGGAGGACGCUAUCUGCUGGGCGCCCCAUGACAAAUCCUCUUGAGUAUAAUUCCGUUUCCAGGACGAUUUUGUUUUCCCGUCUACUGGUCGGGGAGAACGCUUCUGUUUGGCGGGUGGAAACCGUGCCGGGGGCGGGGGGGCUUCUUUCUUGUCAUGCUUGCCAGGAGUUGCGGGAUUGUGGGGUGGGAUGGCGAAAGAAUGGGUGAGGGUGCUGUAGUCGUAGGAUAGGCUUCGACGUUGGAUGAGGUCAAAAACGGGCCUUCGAGAGUGUGACGUGAUAAGCACAUGCGAUCUUAUUUCUCUUGCCCACACGGACGACUGAAGGGACAAGCAUCCCUUUUGCGCGCAUAGGAUCAAGGGCUAUCUAUUUUACUCUACGGAGAUGCCUGGAAUAAGUAAGAGCAACCUGUUGGUUUGAUUUGGGGGUGGAGCCCCUCAAAACAAGCGACAUAGGGGUUGAUUUGUCGCUUGGAACCGUGGCACUGACAAGGUUCCGACUGUUGUAAAUACGACGUAAAAUAGAGGGUAAGCGACAAAAUGUGGCAACGCUCUGUGUAGAUUGUCAUGCAAGAUGGGUGGUGGCAUGAGCGUGGGAGCCACAGAGGCUGUCCGAAUGAGUGUCCCAAACGCGUUCCCAACGACACGAGAGGGGUGAAGACGAAUGUGGUCGAGGUUGCUUCUCCCCCUAGACGGUACAUUCACCAGGAAACGAUCAUAAUUGAAUUG